AUGAAGGCCAAAGCUCUGUUGGUCAGAGAGUGCACCUGGAUGUCAGAGGAGUGCCACCUAGAGGAUGAGCUGCAUGGAGACUCCCAGAGGGACAGCCUGUGUUUACCAAACAUCUUCAGGUCUAAAAAGGUGAAGCCACUCGCCAGGAUUCAGACUGGACCCACUUACCAGGUGUACCAUACAGCCAGAGAGCUGCUUCUGGAAGUGCUGGACAGGGGAGCUGUCCGGGAGCUGAUCAGGAGAGCUGCUAGUGUGAAGUCAGGAGCUAACCGUCCGUCAUACAGCCACAGCAGAGAGCAGAGUGCAGAUCUCUCUGAGGAGGAGUAUGCCGAGGCAUUAACGUGGAUCUCUAUAGUCCUACAGAGCGGCCUGUCUGUAGGUGAGGACUGCAAGUUUGGUUCUGAGCUGACCCUGAAACUGGAUGGGUGGCAGGGCGUCCUGAAGAGAAACAGCUUCCAGACCAACCUCCUGUCUCUGACCAGACUGGAGGACGGAGACAAGUUGGACAUCCUGUCUGCUUUCUGUAGCCACUUAACCAGGCGCUACCAGGCUUUAUACACACCUGGUCACAACCUGGCUGUGAAGAAAUACAGACUUUCCUACCAGCAGACGCCUUGUUCUCUCCAUCUUGCCCUGCUCUGUGACAUGAACUCCGGGUUUAUCUGUAACAUGUAUCUGUACUGUCCAGAGCAACUCCAGAAGCAGAGUAGGAAACCUGUGGUUGAGCAGGUGGUGGGACACCUGCUGAGACCUUUCUGCAGCUACAGACACACGGUUCAGCUGGACAGCUCUGCACAGAUGGAGGGCAGGCUCACGGACAUCUUCUCCGGCUUAGGGGUCGAUAUUAAUUUCGUUUCAACUGCUAAAAGGUCAGUCCUGGACCCACCAUCAUCUUCGUCUCCACCAGUCAGGCCACAUCAGGUCAAACGAACUUCUGACACCUCACCGUCUCAUCUCGUAGCCCAUCUGCAGGGCUGGACCGGACCUGCUCUGUUUCCUCUGUCAGACCUGAAAGGAUCAGUGGUAGAUGUGUUUCUCCCAGGCCUCUGGGUGACGCUACACAUCAUCUGCAUCAACACGUUCAGGCUCCACACCCUGCAGAGUCAGGGCUCGGGCAAACAGGUCGACCUGACGGAGUUCACCAGGACUCUGGCCUCUAAGUUGGCCGUGGACAGCAGCAUCACUGUGCCUGUCCUGCCACGACUGAACAGCAGCUCGUACCAAGAGACAAGUUUAACAAAUCUUUCUAAGCAGAGCUGUGGUCAGGUGAUGGAAAAUGAGAAACGAGGCUACAGCUCUGCAGUGAGGCUGCAGGGGUGGAACAGACCAGGAGUGUGUGGUUUGGACAACUCUGGCAACUCCUGCUACUUAAAUGCUGUGCUACAGUGUCUGUGUUCCACUGUGCCCCUCGUGGAGCACCUCCUCAAUCAAGACACUCGCAAAGAGCUGGGAAGGUCUAAGUGCCGGGUUGCCGAGAUGUUUGUCCGCCUGCUGGAGGAGAUGUGGCAGGGAAAGAGCUCCAGCUGUUCCCCUGUGGAGGCCAGGUCUGUGCUGUGCUCCAUCCUCCCACAGUUCAACAACUACUCACAGCAAGACGCCCAGGAAUUGCUGCUCUUUCUCCUCAAUGCACUCCAUGACGACCUUAGAAAGGCUGCAAAGCGCCAGAUGCGCUCCUCAAUACGACCACCAAGACAAGACCACAACAGGAACUGUGCCACUGCAGUGGGGGAGUCCACCACCAUUGUCACACAGCUGUUUGAGGGCCGGCUGGGCUACAUGACUCUCUGCAUGCACUGCGACCACCAGACACACAGCACACAGACCUUCACUGUACUGUCACUACCGAUUCCAACCGACAUCAUCAAGUGCUCCAUUCAGGAUUGCUUGUCACUGUUCUUUGAGCAGACUAUCCUGACCGGGGGAGAGCAGAUGCUGUGCUCAGUGUGUGGGCUGAGGAGAGAAACAGCAGUCCUCACUAAUUUGGAAAAACCUCCCGAAAUCCUCAUGUUGCACCUGAAACGGUUUGGUUGUAAGGGGAAGAACCAGGUAAAACUAAGGACUAAUGUCGUGUUCUCCAUGAGGCUCGAUCUUACCCCAUUUCUGUCCAGCUCAGUACAGAACAACUCAUACUCUUCAUACCGCCUGUAUGCUGUUGUGAACCACACAGGUCAUCUAAAUAUGGGUCACUACACAGCUCUGUGCCACAACGCCCUAACUCAAACCUGGCACUGUUUUGACGACUCAGCAGUCAGAGAGGUACGGGAUAACUUUGUGCAGUCUCCAAAUGCCUAUGUGCUGCUUUACAGCCGCAAACCUUUUCAAAAGCCAAAGAUCAACGGACUCUGAGCUCGCCGACCAGCUGGCAAUAUCAACAAGGGGACUGAGUUUCAACUUCCUUUCUGUUUUUUUCUUUUUUUUUAACUUGAGACCAGUGAUCUCUGAUGCUUGUUUUUUUUUCUUAUGUAUAUUUUUUUGGGGGGGCAUUUUUGCCCAUAAUUGAUAGGACAGCUAAGCGUGAAGGGAGGAGAGAGAGAGAAUGACAUGCAGCAAAGAGCCACAGGCUGGAGUCGGACCUGGGCCGUUGCAGUAACAGCCUUGUACAUGGGGCACCUGCUCUAUCCACUAAGCCAUCGACGACGUGCUUGUUUUUUUCUGUUGGCUUCAUUUCUGCUUUCCAAAUAAAUUUGAGGAUCCAACAUUGACUUGUGUGCCAUUAUUAUAGUCACUUUGUGUGUAAUGU